AUGGCCGGCUGGUUUAGGCGACUCCUGCACAAGCCCAAACCCAGGUCAUCGGAGAGCAGCCUCAACACCAUCUGUUCUGCUUCAUCCUCACCUUCCUCAUCCUCUGCCGAGAGCUCCGACUCCUCUCCUGGCACGAGCUUGGCCAGAUCCAUCCGCCCGUCACCCGUUUCGGUGUUGGACAUCAACGCUUCGGGCAGUGCCCGGUGGACUAAGAGCUACGACGUCUGCAUCUGCCACAGCGAGGUGGACCUGGAGCUGGUGGAGGAGCUGGUGUCCUACCUGGAAAGUCAACCCGAAAGCUUCCGUUGCUUCCUCCAGCAACGGGAUGCCAUGCCGGGAAGCGCGUUGAUGACGGAACUGUGUGACGCCGUGCAAAACAGUCACUGCUGGGUGAUGCUCAUUACUCCCGGCUUCCUCCGGGAUCCUUGGUGCAAGUACCAGAUGCACCAGGCGUUGGCCGAAGCUCCGAUGGCCAACGGGCGCACCAUCCCGGUGUUGAAGGACGUGGAUCGGAAGGAUUAUCCCAGGGAGCUGCGAAACCUUUACUACAUCUACAUGGCGCUGAAGGAGAACAGCUUCAGGCAGAUCAGAGACACCGUCGUGCGCUACCUCCAGGAGCUGUGCCGGAGCUCCAUGAGCAGGACGGAGUAG